CUCCGAGGGUUCAGCGACGAGAACUCGGCAUUACUCCGCUACGUGGACGAUUUCCUGUACAUCACAACUGACCGUGCCAAUGCGGUGGCUUUUGUUCGCACCAUGCACGCUGACAUGGCUGUCGUGUGAACGUGGAUAAGACCUUGACCAACUUCCCACUGGAUCUGGAUGGAUGUGCGGUCAAGCAUGUUGGAACUGUGGAUGCGAGUGGCUUGCGAGUUGCAUUUCCAUGGUGUGGCCUCCUCAUUGACACCGAGUCGUUGCAAGUGCGAGGCGAUUUCGGGCGAUUCCAGGGUCUUCCACAAGCUCAUGCAGAUGCUCAAACCCAAAUGCCACGCAAUCUUCCUCGACGCCAGCCUGAACAGCCUCCCGACGGUGAUCGUGAGCGUGUACGACAACCUGCGCCUGUGCGCUAUGAAGUUUGUCGCGUAUGUGCGCUUACUUGGAUUUGGGAACGCGUUAAGUGUUGAUGUGUUUCUGCAUCGUAAGUUUUCUUGAACGCGCGGACAUGGGGAUGUCGGCGCAGUGAUAUUGAUUAACCGUU